AUAACGUCUCACCCUCCCGUCGGAUAAAGUCACAGCGGAGCGACCUGACCAGAUUAACGCGAAUAUAUCCUCACCGGUCGGUUUUGUAAUAGUAAUAUGCGUUAAUUUGGCCGACGGGGGCUCGACGCCAUGGACUUCUACAUCAAUUUGAAGGUGAAUUUCAGGGGAAAUGCCAAGAAUUUCCUGCUGUCGGGAUCCGAGACGAAGAGCUGGGAGUCGAUGGAGGCCAUGGUGAAGCGUUCGUUUGGCCUGUGCAACCUUCAGCUGACCUAUUUCGAUGAGGAGAAUGAGGAGGUGUCCAUUAACAGCCAAGCGGAAUAUGAGGAGGCGCUGAAGAGUGCAGCGAGGCAGGGCAACCGCCUGCACAUGAACGUGUAUGAGACCCGUGGCCAGCCGGCAAGGGUUCCCACCACGAAGGCCAGUGGAACCGAGCCCAAAAGAGGCUUCAGACCCCCGCAACACUGCCCUGCUCUGGCCCAAGUGGUCAGUCGUAAGGUCCAGGCUGCUGUCCCCGAACAGGGCAUGGUAAUCAUGAAGGAAUUAAAAGGAACAAAAGAAGAAGACAAGACUCCUCCUGCCUGGUUCACCUCCUAUAUGGAGAAGUUCAAGGACCAGGUAGUUAGGGAGGCAGUGGAGAAGAUCUGCCGGGAGUUCUCCGGCCAGUGCUGCAUCCACAAGCCUCUGGGUGGAGGAUCAGGUGGAGGAGGAGGAGGAGGCGGCAGAGGGGAGGCAGCAGGAGGAGCAGAGGCCCAGCAGGUCCCGGAGGUGUCAUCCUCCACACUGCCCGGAGCUCCCUCCUCCUCCUCCACCCCGCCCUGUUCCUCCUGCAGGGGCCAGACCACCGGAGGAGGCUACCAGUGCAGUGUGUGUACGUCCUGCACUCUGUGUGAGCCCUGCAGUUUCUCUCAUGAUCCCAGUCACAACCUGGUAAGAGCCCGGACCCCUCUGUCCAUUCCGGAGCACGGAUCACCUGCUCCGGACCAUAGCAGGUUCUACAGGCGAGGUGACCGCAGCUUCCGGAAAGCGGAGAAGCAGCGGCUCAAAGCGGAGAAACGCCAGUUAAAGGCCGAGGUCAAAGAGAUCAGGAAGCAGCUGAGGAUGGAGAGGAGGGGUUUACAGUGGAGCUCCUCCCACCGUGACGGAAGCUCCUCCCCUGUCCUGCUGCAGCCCCGUGCCACCCAGCACAACAGCCCCGAGCGUCCGAAGCGUCCCUGUCCACUGGUGGUCCCAGCCAUGACGGCUGUGUUUCUGGAUGAAAACCUCCCUGAUGGAACCAGGCUCCGACCUGGGACCAAGUUCAUAAAGUACUGGAAGAUGAGGAACACUGGAACCAUCAGCUGGAGCGCUGAUACUAAGUUGAAGUUCAUGUGGGGGAACCUGGCAGUGGGAUCUGGGGACCGUUGGAGAGAAGUGUCCGUUCCCUUUCUCCAGCCAGGACAGGUUGGCGUGGUGAGUGUGGCGCUGUGUGCUCCCGGUGUGGAGGGAUCCUACACGUCCCACUGGCGUCUGGCCCAUGGUGGGGAGCAGUUCGGGCCGAGGGUCUGGUGCAGCAUCGUGGUCGACCCCCUGGCUCCAGCCGCCAUGAUGGCUGAUGGGAUUCUGGUGUCCCCCUGUGUCACACCGCAGGGCAAAAACCCAGUGGCUAAGGAUGGAAAAGCUACUGCAGCUUCUAGGGACCAACCUCUGUUGUCAGUGGACCAAGAGGAAUACUACAUUCCAUCUGUUGACCUGCUCACUGCACAGGAUCUGCUGUCUUUUGAGUUGCUGGACAUCAACAUAGUCCAGGAGUUGGAGAGUGUACCAAACAACACCCCUGCCGAUAUGACCCCCUGCAUGUCCCCUCUGCCCCAUGAUGGCCACCUGCAUGACAAGAGCAGCCCGUCUCUGGGGCUGAUCCAGGAGGAGACUGAGGUUGUCACUAGCAUUAUGGACGUACCCCAGGGGUCAGGCUCUGGAGCAGAAGGGGGUGGAGUCCCGGCCCAGGAGGAAGGGCAGGAUGACAUUAGCGGGACUCAGUUUGUUUGUGAGACUGUAAUUCGCUCCCUGACCCUGGAGGAGGCCCCUGACCACGCCCCCCUGAGAGGGCCCCGCCUAGGGACAGUGGUGCGCCCUGCUGCUCAGGGUGGCUCCGCCUCUUCCUGCGCGAAGAGCAAAGCAGUGAAAAUGGACAAGAGCCCAGACAGCAGCCCGAGCAGCUCCGGCUCUCCCCUGAAACCACCAGCCACCCUGAAGGCUUCUCUCCCAGCCCCACUGAAGGCCUCGCUGCCGGCUCCUCUGUCGGUGGCUGCGGCCCCGGGGCCUAGCUCGGCCCCAGCCCUGGCCCAGGCCCCACUCUCUGCUCCACCCAGGGCCUCCACGCUGCAGGAGCACAGGCUCACAGAUGAGGGCGUGGAGUCGGACAUCGAGAGCAUCUGCGUAGACGCCAGGAGGAAGGAUGGCGGGGAAGAUGAAGAGGAGGAGGAGAAGGAGAAAGAGGGAGAGGAGAAGAGAGAGGGGAGGAGUCGCUCUUCCUCGGCCUCCUCGGAGGACUACAUCAUCAUCCUCCCCGAUUGCUUUGACACCAGCCGGCCACUAGGGGAGUCCAUGUACAGUUCAGCCCUGUCCCAGCCCGGCGACGUUCCCGCUGAUAGCCCCAACGACCCAGAAGCCCCCUCUGCUGGCUGCCUGGGCUGCAGCAGGCUGGAGGGUGAGCCAGGGGAGGGAGGGGAGAGUGGGGCCGCCGCAGGGAGCAGCAGUGCCAACGACAUGCUGUGCACCUCCCAGACGCUGGACGACGAGCCGCUGACACCUGAAGUGGUGGCACCACCUAAAGCCAUCCUCACACCCAGUCCAGAGAGCAGUGGACAGACAGACAGCGACACUGCUGCUGCAGAGGAAUCCAAACUGUACCAGACUGAGGAUGGAUCUGUUUCUGGCAAAACCCAGACACAUGAUACUGAAGCUGCUGAAGGCACAGAAGAAGACAGCACUGAGGACCCCAGGCACCCCGGCAUCACCGGCGGCCUGGUGAAAGGAGCUCUGUCAGUCGCAGCCUCGGCCUACAAGGCUCUGUUCACAGGACAAGGACCCACACAGCCCCCGGUUGACGCGUCUACCCAGGACACCAUGAUGGCCGUGCUGGUGGAGAUGGGCUUCGGCGACCGGCCGCUCAACCAGCGCCUGCUGAAGAAACACAACUACAACCUGCUGGACGUGGUGAAUGAGCUCGUUCAGAUGACCGACAAUGACUGGUACUCCACCCGCUACUGAGAGACAGAGAGGGACGAGGGAGGGAGGCAGGACAGGAAUGCUAGGAGGUGAAUAUAGAGGAAGAAGAAGAGUGGGGAGAGGACAAGAGAAUUAUUAUUACAUGAAGCAAGAAGACAACAGGACAGAAAGAAGAGACUAGAAGAGAGAAUCUCAACGUUUCUACUCGGACAGCCACCUUACCUUCCUCAUUUUGCCCCAUCUCUCCUCUGAUUGGCCCCAGUGGACAUGAGGCAGUCCUCUCUACGACCGUACAAGGAGACAUUCCAGUGAACUCUCUGGGAUACUGUACUAGACUAUCAAACAACCGCGAUCUGUACUCUUACAUUCAGCGCAGGCCUUUGUAGUUGCAGAAAGGUCGCUUUACAUAGGACACCAAGGCAGGGAGAGGCGUAAUCAUUAUUUUCUCAUUAAAGGUGCUGCUUGUAGUAUUUUGCAUUUCUCAGAAGUUAAACCACCUUUUCCAUCAGCCUCAUUGCUUCCUGUUGCAAAGAGGAUGUUGCUACUUGUACACCCUCUCUUGGCUUUGCUUUUUGUUUUUGUUUUGGAGUGAGAAGAGUAUAAGCCUGGUAACCACAUCUAAUAACAGUGACUAUACAUUUGGACCAAGUAAGCUAACAUGAAGUUGAAGCUAUGCAGUUGGAGCAGCGGGACCGGAAUUAAGUUGUGUGCUACUUGCAAAAUUUAAAUUAAGUCAAUUCCUGUAUUGUGCCGUAAAGCAGUGAAGCAGAUGCAGUGUUGAGGCCACACAUCUUCUCGCCGACAGUCUCAUUUGUUGUUAUGCUCGUGUCAGGAUUAGCCAGAUGAUGGUUGCUUUGUUGCUGAAAUGCUACAAAUGGCACCUUUAAGCUUUGCCCUUUACAGUGUCUGAUAGCUCAUUUUGCCUCGGAAACUGAUUGCGAUCGGUGAGAGCUCACAUUCAAAUGACUACACAUCUAUAUCUGCAGAAAGAUCGAGUAGACUUUGCAUCUGAAGAAACUUUUGUAUUAUCACCUAGCCACUCUAAGUUAUAUUCAAAGCAUAUGUACACACACUAGUCAGCCACAGAGAGAAAGCCCAUGUUGAAUUUACCAUGUAAGUAAGCCAUGCUUCAGAUAGCUUAGAGGUUGGUUUCAAGUGAUUCUCUUUGCCCAUUUACAUUAAUGUAUCCUAAAAAUGGCUGCAUUUGAUGGGGUUAUACAUAUUCUUUGAGGUUUCACAAUUUAUAUCACUGCGCCAUAUAUGGCGAUUACAUACACGCUUACAAUAUCAGUGUACUGUAGCCAUAAUCUGCUGUGGAAGACUACUGAAAGCAUAAAAAAAACCUUUUCCUUUAUCAGUACCUUAUGAGAUUAUUCUAGAGAUAAAACAUUUAUGUGGAGAAUUUCUUUACUGUAUUGUGUUAAAGUAUUGUGAAAGAAUACCUUGGAUGUGUUUUCCGCUCUAAAAGGGACCAUUCCUCAUCAGCACCUGUGAGUGAUUUCAGUUGCACCACAUUUGCUCAUUCUUUCCUUACCCUGUCUCCUGUUUCAUGACUGCACUGUAAGGAUUCCUAGUUUUCACCCGGAUUAGACCAAACACCUCGUGUUUUGCACACCGAGGCUAUGUUCACACUGCAAAAGAAAGUGUUCAAAUUCAGAUUUUAAUCCCUGACAUGUGACACUGGUCCACUGCUUUCUGAUCUGAGUGAUCGGCAAAAAAGCUGCAGGUAGUCACCAUUUUGAAUUCUGAUCUGGACCAAAUGGGUGUGUGAAACAAGACCAGGUCGACAGCAAUGUGACCUGCAUGCAAAUGAUCUUGCAGAUGACAGUUUGUCAGAUUUUCCAUGACAAAAAGUAGAUCACAUGCCGUUCACCUGAGACAAUACAGUCAUAACUUUGGCAACCAUGGCAGCUUGGCUGAGCCAGCGUUAGCACGGACCACAGCAACGGCAAGAAAGCCAAACAGAUGACUUCUAACGCUUCAGUUCACUCAAAACUUGAACCACUGAUAAUUACUUAACACUGAUACAGUAUUACUGUGUAUUGAAUUAUUAUUAUUGAACCAUAUCAUAAUGGCGUAUUAGAGUUAUCAUCUAUGUUGUCUAACUUAAUGAUAAAUAAUUAAAAUGUUUCAGGAAAUAUCCAAGAGAAAUUAGGGAAUAUUAUUCAAAAUUAGUUUUUCAUACUUUUUUAAUACCAUGCAGCUCAAUCUGAUAGAUAUCAGUUGUAGUAUGUAAUAUUUCCAUAUCUUGGCAUAUAAUUACAUUUAUGUUGGAAUAAUUUGUAAUGAUUAACAUGGUAUUCAUCAUGUUCAUAUUAGUCAAAGUUAUCCAAGUUAUGUGCUCCAGUGGCUGUGAACAGUCACCCUGAACAAUGAAGACAUGAGCUGGUUCAAGAACCUGAAGCAACUUAUCGUCUUGCAUAUGAGCAGUAAUGCAAAUACAUGUUUUCAUACACAAGACGCGCAGAUGUGCUAACAUGACACAUCCUUUUUGAGAUUGCGUCUCGAUUAUGUACAAUAAGGUCAUUCUGAAUUUACUGGAAACUGGAAUCAGUGGCAACAAUGUGUGUGUGUAUGUGUGUGUAUGUUUUUUUUUUUUUUUUUUAAUGUAUGAUUACAUACAGAAUCCCCCGUAAAUAUUGGUUGAUUUCAUUAGUUAGGACAAAGGUUUUAGGUUGUUUAAAGUGUUUCACUUCGAAUGCUUGAAGGCCAUUUGGAAAUGUGUAACAAAAAAAAAAAGUUGUGGAUGUUGUACUUUUUGCAGUUUAUGCUUUUGUUGUGGUUGGAUUUGCUUUGCUGUAUGUAUGUGUGGUAGUGUUUUGGUUUGUUGGAAAUGUUACCAGAAAAAAAUGAUUCUUUCAUUGCACAGAAGACUUGAGAAAGACUUGCAUAAGAAAACAGCACUUAACUUAUUAUUGUAGGAUAAUGAUAAAUUGUGCGUAGAGCUAUUCAGACUCAGUUACAUUAUACUGACAGUUUAAAUUCACUGGAAGCCAUUUGAAUUUGCCAAAAUGGUGUUGUACGGAGAAAACUUUUGUCCUUUUAUAAGUCAUUGGUCAAAGAUAAUCCUGGCGAUAAGAUACUGUAGUUCUCCUUUUCCGGUCAUGCUGCAAAGCCAGAAGAUUUUUUUUGUCUUUCUAAAACCAUCGUGGCUUUCUCCAUCAUGGUUUCGUUUCAUGAAGGUAACAGUCAGUCAGUAGCUGUCCCGUGACGUUUGAGUUCAUUUAAAGGAUAACGUGAUCAGGCUUCAGGUUUAAAAUGAAAUGUGUUCCAGCUUUGCAGCCUGGCAACCAAAUGCGGUUUGGUAAAAGGAAACCUUUUUCUCAAAGUGGUGAAUUUUUAUGACCAAAGGUAAACAGCUGAUUCCUAAUAUGGUGUAACAUUUGUGAUUAUUGGCCUUCAAAACAGACCAAUCUCCUCUCAGUGUGUCUCAGUGCUUCAGUUUCUGACUCUAAGUGUAAACGUAGUGUCAUCAGCAUAAUGACAAUAAUCAAAGUAUGAUUAGAGUUAGCAUAUUAUAGAAAAAAUGUAAAUGGGAAAACAAGAUGUUAUUUCUGAGGAACCAUUUGCAUUGGUACCAGUGUUUCUAUCACCACAGAUUGGUCAGGGUGGCAGAUGCUAGACUAAAAUGAUGUCACCUUUGUCUAAAUUCUGUUUCUGCAGCCUGCCCACCCUGCCAAGAAUAAAACUCCUGGAGGAAACGUUGGUUCACACCAUAGUUUACCUGGUUUCCACAUCAUGAUAGCCAGGAUUUCUUCCAAUUUUUUUGCCAUCUGGGGUCCAAAUUUACUCAAUUUAGUCUGGACACAGUCUCAUUUAAAAGACUCAGACACGCCUGGGCUGGUUGGUACUUGAUGAAGGUGAAAAUUCAUAGUUUCACAUCUUGUAUGUCAGCACGUUAUGACUGAAUGUGUGUUUUACUCUCUGGUGGAGCAAGUGAGAUAUUUUCAUACUGGGGUGUGAAUUCAAGCUUUUUUUUUUUUUUUAAUUUUCUUUGAGGGACAAAGAGAGAAGAAGAUUGUUUGAGCUUUUUUCUGUGUUGCACUUUAUGGACAUGAUGGUAUGUGAUGUACAAAUCAGUCUGUCUCCAAUUAAAGUCACUACACUUAC